GGCUCUGCCCGCCGGCGGCAGCGCACCGUCCUGCUGCUGGGCAUCGCCGUCCUGCUGGCCGCCCUCGUCCUCGCCGUCGUGCUGGCUUCUCUCCUGACUCACGGCAAGCGGGAGGUCCGUCCAGGCGUGCUGAAGUGGAAGGACAGAGGGACCACUAAGAAUCUCCGAGAAGUCAUCCUGGGAAGAUGCUACAACUACGUGGUGUCGCGGUACCCUGAGUACCCUGAGCUGGGAGAUAAGGAUUGCCUAAAAAUAUGGGAAUCAUUAAAACACGCAUUCAUUUACAAGAAUCCCUGUAAUAUUACACCAGAAGAUUACCAGCCGUUGAUGGAGUUGGCAAGUCAUCCUAUACCCUGUAACAAGUCACUGUUUUGGAGCAAGACAAAUGACCUCGCUCAUCGUUACACAAGAUCCAAUCAAAAUUUCCUUACCUUGGAGGACACCUUGUUGGGUUAUAUGGCUGAUAGGGUUUCAUGGUGUGGAGACCCCUCUGCCCCAGGAAUCAACUACGAAUCUUGUCCAAAACGAAGUGAAUGUGAGAGUAACCCUAGCUCUGUAUUCUGGAAAAUGGCAUCCAAGAUGUUUGCAGAAACAGCAUGCGGUGUGGUUCAAGUGAUGCUCAACGGAUCAGUAGAAGCUGGAGCUUUCAGAAGCAGCAGCAUUUUUGGAAGUAUUGAGAUCUUUAACCUAAAUCCAGAUAAAGUCUCCGCAGUACACAUUUGGCUUAUGCAUGACAUCGGCAGACCUCAGAGUGAAUCCUGCUCAGGUCAUUCCAUAAAGAGGUUAAAAAGCAUCUUAGAAGAGCGAAACUUUAAGAUCACCUGUGAAGACAAUUACAGGCCAGUUCAGCUCCUUCAGUGUGUGCAUAACCCUGACCACACAGACUGCAGGCUCUGCACCAACACCACGGCAACCCCAUGACGCGGCAUGCUCCGCGCUGCUGAA